AUGGCUACCAAACAGCCAUUGAAAACGACUUUUGACGUCGACCAUGUGAUUCGACCUAUAUUUACAGGCGGGGCUAUUGCAGUCGACAACAGGGCUCAAAUUCUGGCCUCAACUCUCGGCGAAGAUGUUGUCUUGACGAACCCCGCCAACGGGAAGCAUUUGGCUCAGAUUGAGGGUGAUGGAGAAAUGAUCUCUACAUUAACUUUAACACCAUCUGGUUCACACCUCGUUGUCUCCUCGCGGUCGCUAUCGAUGAGAAUCUUCUCCCUCAGGCGCCCCUCCGAUGAUGAUACGGUCCAAGUAACCCUCACCCGAACCAUCAAGCCGCACAGCACGCCUGUAGUGGUCUUGGCGGUUGAUCGCACAAGCACACUGCUCGCGACUGGCGGCACUGACGGCACCAUCAAAGUAUGGGACAUUGCGGGCGGCUACGUGACGCAUUCUUUCCGCGGGCCGCCUGUUUUGGUUUCUGCCUUGCACUUUUUCGAGGUAGCGGCCCGAUCCAUGGACAAUCACAGCUCCCGAAAUGGCAAGAAAGGCGCGCAGGCAGAUGACGACCCCGACAACGAGGUCGAAGGUGUCAGCAACGCCAAUUUUAGACUGGCUUCGGGCAGCCAGGACGGGAAAAUUCGAGUUUGGGACUUGCACAAGCGCAGUUGCGUUGCCAAUCUCGACUCUCACGUAUCUCAUGUCCAGAAAAUCGAUUACUCUCCCGACCAGCAUGUCCUUGUUAGCGGAAGCAGAGACAAAACUCUUAUUUGGUGGGAUACGAGAUCGUGGAAGAUUCGAAAGGUUGUGCCCUGCCUUGAGCUUGUGGAAACGGUCGGGUUCCUUGACGGGGGCCGCCUGACCUUCUCAGCUGGGGCAAAUGGUUGUUUGCGCAUCUGGGAUACAGACCACGGCAGAGAAGUCACGGGGGCUCAGCCAGCAAAAAGUGAGGAAGAGAGCAUUGUGGCCGGCAUCUAUCGUCCCGACUUGCCGUUUAUUCUUUGUGUUCAAGUGGACCAUACGCUUGCGUUCUACCAUCCGCCUACCAAGGAAUCAGAAGCUUCUCUGAGUGUCCAGGAACCCUUCCGUCGCAUCUCCGGCACCCAUGAUGAAGUCAUCGACCUGAGCUAUUUACUUCCGGAUCGAUCUCUCAUGGCGCUGGCAACUAAUUCCGAGUAUGUUCGACUGAUAUCCGUGGCUGAAGCUACACGAGAGGAAACUCUGGCCUCGCGGAACUCAUACGGGACCCCUUACUUCGGACAAGACGUAGCCCUCCUCAGAGGACACGAAGACAUUGUAAUCUCGUUGGAUACCGACUGGUCAGGCCACUGGAUUGUCACAGGUGCCAAAGACAACACAGCGCGACUGUGGUGUGUAGAUGCUGCCCACGACUCGUAUACGUGUUGGGCUACUUUCUCGGGUCAUGCCGAGUCUCUCGGAGCCGUUGCCCUCCCAAAGUCGGUCCCUGCUGAAGGUUCUGCUGCACGAGCCAGUCCACUUGAACAUCCCCCAGCAUGUCUCAUCACUGGUUCUCAGGAUCAGACUGUCAAGAAAUGGGAGAUUCCUCGCCGACGUCAGCAGCAGGGCUCGAAGCCUAGAGCUGUCUUCACCAGGAAAGCUCACGACAAGGACAUCAAUGCAGUCAAUGUUCACCACUCGGGUAGUCUCUUUGCCUCCGCAUCGCAAGAUAAAACAGUCAAAAUCUGGUCAAUGGAGGAAGGCGAAGUCCAAGGCAUUCUUCGGGGUCACAAGAGAGGUGUUUGGUCAGUUCAAUUUUCUCCCGCCCAAGUGCCCACCAUACAAGGAGACGACGGUCCUGUGACGGGUAAGGGUGUCAUUCUUACUGGUAGCGGUGACAAGAGUGUCAAGCUUUGGAGCUUGGCCGACUACACAUGCAUCAGAACGUUUGAGGGACACUCCAACAGCGUUCUCAAGGUUGCUUGGUUGAAUUUGCCGUGCCCACAGGAGCAGUCGAGGAAACCUGUGCAAUUCGUCACUGCUGCCGGUGACGGCCUUGUGAAGGUCUGGAAUGCCAACUCUGGCGAGGUGGAAUGCACUCUGGACAACCACGAAGACAGGGUUUGGGCCUUAGCCGUCCAGCCGGAUACCAAUACUAUUGCAUCUGGCAGCGGUGAUUCCACCGUGACAUUUUGGAGAGAUACGACAGCUGAAACCCAGGCCGCCGCCUCGCAAGCCGCGCUGAGGAUGAUCGAGCAGGAACAGGAGUUGGAGAAUCACAUUUUUGCUGGGUCAUACAGAGAGGCUAUUACGUUGGCACUCCAACUCAACCAUCCCGGUCGUCUGUUGAAAUUGUUCACGUCUGUGGUUACCAGCAGCAAGCAGGAUGACGGCAGCUUGUGUGGGCUCAAGGCCGUUGACGAGGUUUUGGGCGGCUUGUCGGAUGAGCAGAUCUUCCUCCUCGUCCUCAGACUGCGAGACUGGAAUACAAAUUCUCGAACCGCACCGGUUGCUCAGCGUAUCAUGUGGACGUUGAUGAGGAGUUACCCGGCCUCCAAAUUCUCGGACUUGUCGGUAAAGGGAGCACGUGGACAGAAGAGUCUGAGGGAUGUCCUUCAAGGGCUUCGGGCAUACACCGAGCGCCAUUACAAACGCAUGGAAGAGUUGGUAGACGAGAGCUACCUGGUGGAAUAUACCCUGCAGGAGAUGGACAGUCUAGCACCGACGGAAGACAGUAAUGCUAGUCUAGCAGGACCAGGUGGCGGACGUGAUGAUACGGUCAUGGUCGGAUAG